AUGGCACGAUCCCUUACUAAAGCUCAGAAGCUAUCGCUCAUAAUUGCCAUCUCUUUCUCCUUCUUCUUGGCCGAAAUUGCUAUCGGUUUCUACACACGCUCGCUCGCGCUAGUUGCUGAUGCCUUCCACUAUCUCAAUGACCUAGUUGGAUUCGUGGUCCAGCUGGUCGCAUUCAAGGCUUCGGAACGUGACAAGGCGCCGCCUUCUUUGUCUUUUGGUUGGCAGCGAGCCAAUCUGUUAGGUGGCUUCUUCAAUGGUGUCUUCCUGCUAGCACUCGGAGUCAGCAUUUUUCUACAGGCUAUCGAGCGUUUCAUCGCUAUUCAAGAAAUCAGUAACCCACGACUUGUGCUCAUUAUCGGGUGCAUUGGCUUUGCACUAAACGUGCUUAGCGUUACCAUCCUCCAUGAGCACGAUCAUGGCGACGAGCAACCCACAGAAACUAGCCCUCUUGUAGACACAAGCGAUCCACAAUCCCGAACGGCCGAGGCAAGCUCCGCAUACCCAGGCUCUGAAUAUGCCAGAGUGGGCGCUAACAUCAUGCUCCAUGAUCAGAUGAAUCGCCCGCAUGAAGAUCACCGCCAUGUCGUUUCACCAAACAAUAACAAGAGCAAGGAACACGAUUUGGGGCUUAUGGGUAUCUUGAUUCACGUUGCUGGAGAUGCCGCCAACAAUCUGGGCGUCAUUCUCGCAGGAGCCAUCAUCUGGAAAACUACAUCUCCAGGGCGUUUCUAUGUCGACCCGGCAGUCAGUAUGGCUAUUUCGUUCAUGAUAUUCGGUUCGGCUGUGCCAUUUGUCAAAAAGAGUGGCUUGAUUCUGCUACAAAGUGUGCCCUCCGGGGUCAGCCCAGUUGACGUUACGCACGAUAUGGAGAAGAUUUCUGGAGUCCAGGCUGUGCACGAAUUGCACAUCUGGCGUCUCAAUCAGCAAAAGUCUAUUGCGUCUGCUCACAUUGUCAUAGACCACUCGACUGACUUCAUGGCCGUUGCAAAUACCAUCAAUGAGUGUCUACACGCUUACGGCAUCCAUUCCGCCACGCUGCAACCUGAAGUUAUCCCUAAUCCUUCUACUAGGGAAGACCUUAGUAGUCCCACAUUGGCGAGCGCUGUCUCGUGCUUGUUAGGAUGUCAGAGCUCAACAAAUUGUCUGCAAGUUGGUUGUUGUGGAUAG